CACUUAUCUACACGAGUCUAGAAUGUUCUCUUAGCCUCCAGGUCUCGGUAUGCCGCAGCCUAUGCCACUCAAUGUCGGGGCGUUCAGGAGAGUCGUGACAACACCCAAAUGUUUGGAUUAUUUGUAUUAAAACGACGUCGUUUGAUAAUAUUAAAACUCCACUCCGCUGCUCGCAGGGUGCUCACUCGACGCUCCUCUAGUCCUCGCCUCCUCCAGACGGACCAUACAUCCUAGCCUUCUCUCGAGUUGCAAUCGCUGCCGCCCUCCGUCUCUCUGCCGGCCAUUCUAGUCACCGCCGCCGCGAGUUUUUUUUACUUCCAGUCGUGAUUAGCUCCAGCCUCGCAGUUCCAUACUUCUACUGGCUCCCGUGGCACCUGUUCACCACUGCACCAGCGGUCCAGCUUGCAGAAUCCACUCAAUCCACUGCUACAUCUUGGCACUGCCUCCGCGACCGCUCCUCCACUCCUGGUGUUUGGUCAGUCUCAUCCACAAAUUAAUACCUAAUUCUUGCAAACCUAAUAUAAAAUUUGCAGAUACAGUUCCCAAUCCCAAGUGCUUGCCAUCCAACUAGAUCUGAAAUUUUAUUGAAUGUAUCAACUAUGAACGCGGGCUCUACAAUUUUGGCCAAUGGAGGGAAGACAACUACAAUUCUCAUCAAUGGAGGCUUCUUCAAUUCUCUCCACAGUGUAUCCUCUACCCCUUCCUCUUCAUUCUUCCCUCCCUCCCUCCAUCAAAUCCCAUUUCUGCAAUCAUGCCAUCUCUCCCAACUACCCCCUCAAACUCAGCACCCGGCCAUCCAAGACUAGAACUUUAACCAUCCGGUCAGCCAUCAGUAGAACCAAAAAGGAAGAGACUGUUGAGGCAGUGAAACAGCAGCUCCAAGACUGCUACCUUCUGGCUGGAAUCAGUUACAAAGGGUUCACAGUAAAGCAAUUCCAAGAUCUCCGUACACAGCUCCCUGAGACCACAAAGGUUAUUGUCGCAAAGAACACUUUGGUGCUCAAAGCCAUUGAAGGGACUCAAUGGGAGGCACUGAAGCCAUGUAUGUCAGGCAUGAAUGCUUGGCUAUUUGUUCAUAGUGAAGAAAUCCCUGGUUCUUUGAAACCCUACAGAACUUUCCAGAAGGAGCAGAAGCUGGAUGGUAAUGACUUUACUGGCGCCGUUUUUGAGGGAAAAUUCUAUGGGCCUGAUGAGUUUAAGUCCCUGGAGAAUUUGCCUUCUCGGGAAGAGAUCUAUGCUAAGCUUUUGGGCUCUUUAAAGGGACCUGCUUCUGCCGUUGUGGGGACUUUGCAGGCUCCUGCUAGGAACUUGAUAAUGGUGUUGCAGGCCCAUGUCAAGAAGUUGGAAGAAGAAGGUCAAUAAUUGAUGGCAUUGGCCGGAAAUGGUAUGUAAUUUGUAUUCUUGCUGAUGUUCGAGAGAAAUGUCAUGUUGUACAUUUACCAAAUUUGUUGUGUAAUUCCAACUUGAUUGAUGUAAUUGCUCAAUUCUUUGAGCUCUGUUGUCUAGCAGUUAUGGUGUUUUACUUCUUAAGAUGCAAUGCAAUAGCUGUUUGCUGAUUAAACUUGAAAUCUAACCUUUAUCUGCAAUUUAUAGUUCAAUGCUUGUUCUCUUUGUUCCAUUCC